GCCCGCGGUUGUUGUUCCCACAAAGUCUUCUCUUUUUUUCUUCUUUUCCAAACAAAAUAAACACCCAAACGGAUUUGUUUAAACAAAGCUGUAUAUAAGCCGUAUACAUAUUGUGGAAAAGUGAAUUUCCCGCUGCCCGACUGGAACGUGAUGAUUGGCGAAUUUUAAAAAUAGAAAGAAAUACAAGCACGAAGCGAGCAAACGACAUAUCAUUAUCGGAGUAUCCUUAUCAGUAUUUGUAAGAUGUUCGACAUUACAUGGCUGCCCACUGCCUGCGGCUCGCUGGCCCCCGCCCUCAUACCGCCGGCCCACAUCGUCAUCUUGUGGUACUUCUGGGAGAACUAUGCCCGCUACGUGGACAGGCACUUCUGCACCUGCUCCUGUUGGGACACCGUGUUCAAGGGACCCUACGAGUCCGGAGUGGCCGCCUACAAGCAUAUGUACUUCAACGCCACUCCCAACAGCUUUAAGAUGUGGAUCCUGACCGUGUUUGCCGUGAUUGCCCUCUACGAGUGCAUCAAGCGGCUAAUCGCCCUGAUCCUGCAGCAGCGGGUGCGGUACUCGAUGCUCCUGCUCUUCCUGCUAUCCAUCUUCUCGCACUACUAUGCCUGGUGGGCGUACAUCAACUACUACAACGAUGACUACUACAAUCAGUGGAAUCACCAGCUCUUCUUUACGGUGACCGAGCUUUUCUCCACCGUGCUGGUGAUGCACCUGGCCAACGCCACUAACGUGGUUACCCCAAAGAAGGUAUUCUGCAUCGUUGGCAUCGCCCUGCUGCACAUUCUGGCCAGCAGCUUUGACCAGUUCUUUAUGAAUGUGGUGCGUGGCGAGGGAUAUGCCCACCAGAUAGUCCGGGACAUAGGAUUCAUGGUGCCGGAUCUGCUGCAGCUUUUUGUGCCCGUUUGGCUGCUGCGACAGGCGCGUCGUGAGUGUUAUACCACGCGACCAUUCCAUCGGGACAGGAAACUGCAUCGGGAUAUUGUGGCCAUGCUGUGCCUCGUGUCGCUGCUCUUUGUCGUCUGCACGGUUUUGUGAGAGCGGAUCCUGCUGGACGUCUACGAGGCGCGGCAUGGCAAGAUCCAGCCCAUGCAGGACGCGGCGGUGCAGCUGCUCAACCGCUACCGAAUGCUGGCCAGCGGCAACGUGCACAACUAAGGGCAAUUCUGGGCUCUGAUGAUAUGUGGUGGACAAUAGCGGCACUUGCUGGCAGUAAGUGCGGAAUAUCCUGUAUUCCUGUAGUGUUUUUGUAUUUUCAUUUACCAUUUGUGAUAGCUGUUUUUGUUGUUUGGGGACGCAGUGACUCCACGGCGAGCAUAUCGAUACACGUACUUAUCAGCUAACCAUGGUACAUAAUCAAUACGACAAAUAGUAAUCUUCCAUUUAGAAACGUUGACCGAUGUUGACCCAUAGUUGAACCUAGGUACAAUGUAGUGAAAUCCAAUCCUUUGGGAGUCCCAAAAUACGAAUACGAGUAGACACGGGUGUAGCCCAUAGACACAACGAUAUACCCAGUGGAUCAAAUUCGAGCAACGACUGUCUUUUGAGAUCCAAAAUCAAUUUGAAAAUGGAUCGUUUUUAAGCCUUUGAUGCUAUCUCUAGCAAUCAAUUUUAGUUUUAGAAGAUUUGGAGAUAGUUUUCUUUUACUAUAGUAUUUUGGUCCACUGGGAACAUGCACACGCGUGUAGAUUAGUUAUGGAACAACGAGGCGUAUACUUAAUAAUGAUUAUGGAUAAUGGAUUGUGGAUUGUGCAAACCCACCCAGUGUUAUAUUACCUUUAACGAGUUACAUGUGACUUAGACUGUUGUUAGAUAAUAACAAUAUUAUUUAUACAUGUGCUUCAUGGCAAACCAACAAGAUAUUCCAGUACAUACUAUAUAGUAGAGAAGACAGCAAACAAAAUAACAAACCAAAAACCGUAGUAAUCAAAAUUAGCGUUAACCUAUAUUGUUACGAUUAACUUUACAAAGGAAAUCAAAAACAUGCAGAUUAUUAAUAUUUGGAAUAGCCUAUAUACUUAUACA